GAUCACAGUGAUGACGAGUCGGACGUUGACAUCGACUGCGACGUUGCUCACGCACAUGCCCCCAAGACCUCGUCCGAGAAGCGCAAGGCCCAAAAUGAAGUCUUCACAGCAUGGGCAAACAAGAGGACUGAGCAGAUUACGGAGCAAGAGGUUAAGCAGGCCAUUCAGGGCGCCGACGACGAGACCUUGUCUAUCAAGGACAUUCUCGCGAAGCAAGAUGUCAGCGCUACGAUCACGAGCCCUCGAGACUACCAGAUGGAGCUGUUUGAGAAAGCGAAGCAGGAGAACAUCAUCGCUGUUCUUGACACCGGUUCGGGCAAGACGCACAUCGCGACUCUACUCCUCCGUUACAUCAUCGAUGAAGAGCUUGAGAGCCGGGCUAAAGAGAAUCCUCCUAGGCUUGCUUUCUUCCUCGUGGACUCCGUCAACCUGGUCUUCCAGCAGACCAACGUUCUUCAAUGCGGUCUCGACCACAAUGUUGUCGGUUUGUGCGGCUCAAUGGGCGUCGACCUCUGGGAGGCCAAGACGUGGCAGAAGCAUUUCGCUAGCAACAUGGUGAUUGUUUGCACGGCGGAAGUUCUAGUCCAAUGCUUGAUGCACUCGUUCAUCAGUAUGGCUAGGAUUAAUCUUCUCAUCUUUGACGAGGCUCAUCACGCCAAGAAGAACCAUGCAUACGCCCGGAUACUCAAGGAUUAUUACAUGGCAGAGACUGUUCUAUCUAAGCGACCAAAGGUAUUUGGAAUGACUGCUUCUCCGGUUGAUGCCAAGGUCGACGUAAAGCAAGCAGCGAUCGAACUCGAAAACCUGUUGCAUUGCAAAAUUGCGACCACUUCCGACCUAACUUUGAUGCAGAAUCAGAUUAGCAAGCCUUUCGAGGAUGUGGUGUACUACGAAGCUCUUCCAGCCCCUUUCGAGACUCAGUUGCACCAACAGCUGAGAGCUUGCUUCGGGGAUCUGCGCCCUUUCCAGAAGUUAUUCCGGGUUUCUAAAGAAAUCAGUUCCGAGCUGGGUAAAUGGGCCGCCGACAUCUACUGGUCUUUUGCGUUCUCAGAAGAAGAGGAGCGCAAGACUGAAAUGAGACAAGAGAGGCGCUUCCAUGCACAAAAGGUAGCGAGGUCAAUGGCGAAGCUCGACGCAGAAGUUGCUUUGCUACGCCAAGCUGCGGAGGUGGUGAAGAACUUCGACUUUGGCAUCCCAAAAGAUGAUCUGAACGAUAUUAGCUCUAAAGUCAAGUCACUUAUCGAAUGGCUUCGACAGUAUUUCAGCAGAGAUACGGAGGCCCGUUGCAUAGUCUUUGUCGAACGUCGGUACACUGCGCGGCUUCUGUUGCUCAUCACCAAGCACCUUGGCGGCUCGUAUCUUCGUGGCGGAAUACUUGUCGGAGUCAACUCUAACGCCGAGAACGUCAAUGUCUCGCUACGACAACAGGUUCUCACAGUGGCAAGCUUUAGGAAAGGCGAAUUAAACUGCCUCUUUGCCACAUCAGUUGCCGAAGAGGGCCUGGAUAUUCCCCAGUGCAAUCUCGUGGUCCGUUUCGAUCUCUACCGGACGAUGAUAUCCUACGUUCAGUCACGGGGUCGGGCCCGCCACAAGAACUCAAAGUAUCUUCAUAUGGUCGAAAAAGGCAAUCUUUCACAGAGCCAAACUGUAUACGAGGCUCGAGGUGCAGAGAGAAUAAUGCGCAGCUUUUGCCAGCAGCUGCCAGCUGAUCGGCUCAUUGAUGUGCUUGACGCGGAUGCUGAGAACGAAAUUGCGAAGCAACGGAGCCUACGAUCUUUUACCGAUCCUAAGACUGGCGCGAAGCUUACCUACGGUUCAAGCCUUGGAGUUCUCGCACAUUUCUGUGCUUGUUUACCGCAAGGGGAAGAGGCGGUUUCCCAACCAGCCUACAUCAUAGCCCGGCAGGGGGGCAAAUUCAUCUGCGAGGUCAUACUCCCAGAUGCUUCACCAAUUCGCUCUGCCUUAGGUGUCGCUGCAAGCAAGAAGGCUAUUGCAAAGCAAGGUGCUGCGUUCGAAGCGUGUAUCGCGCUUUGGAAGGGCAGAUACAUAAAUGGACAUCUACUUCCUAUCUACACCAAGCAGCUUCCUGCCAUGCGGAAUGCUCAGCUUGCGCUCGAUGCCAAGAAAAAGGACCUCUACCUAAUGCGCACUAAGCCGGAAUUCUGGAAUUACGGUCGAGGCGAGCGCCCAAAGACUCUCUACAUGACCAUUCUGGAUUUGGACAAUGGCUUGGAGAGACCUCAUACGCCAAUCUGCCUGCUCACCCGCCAGAAAUUCCCCUCGAUGCCUGUAUUCCCUCUCUAUCUUGCAAAUGGAACGCAGACGGGCGUCACAUCAGUAUCUCUCGAUAAGUCCUUCGAGGUAUCUGAGGAGCAGUUGGAGCAGCUUACGCUGGUGACUCUGCGAGUCUAUCACGACAUCUUUGCCAAGAUAUUUGAGAACGACGCCUCAAAGAUGACUUAUUGGCUGGCCCCUUUGAAGCCGAUUAGCUCACUACUUGAUUCUAGUCACGGCCACCCGCUUGAUCUCAUUAAUUGGGAGGAUGUUAAUAUGAUCUUUCAUUAUAAUAACGAUGCACGAUGGACUCCCGAAGUUCCCAAUGAGAGCUUGGCAAAUCGGUUCAUUGUCGAUUUGUGGGAUGGUGGACGUAGAUUCUUUUCUAUCGCGGUGGAUCCGAGUAAGAAGCCAUUGGACCCUGUUCCCUCCACGGCUCCGCGCAACAAGAGAUUCAACGACAACAUUCUGGAUUAUUCCGUCAGCCUUUGGUCCAAGUCAAGGACUAUCCGGAAAUGGGACUUGUCGCAACCAGUAGUGGCGGUCGAGAAAGUUCCAUUCAGACGCAAUCUCUUGGCGCCGAUUGAGACCGAUGACGAGAUUGUUUCACAGUGCUCGGCUUAUGUGUGUCCGGAGCCUCUGAGAUUCUCAUCUCUCCCUGCCAAUUUUGUAGCCACGUGCUAUACCUUCCCCGCCAUCAUCCAUCGGUUUGAUUCAUAUCUCAUUGCGUUGGAUGCCUGUAAAGUCUCAGGUCUUGAAGUCGGUCCCGCGCUAGCUUUGGAGGCUUUGACAAAGGACUCCGACAAUACGGAAGACCAUGAAGGAGAAAAGAUUAAUAUUAGAUCCGGCAUGGGACCAAAUUACGAGCGUCUUGAGUUCAUGGGUGAUUGCUUUCUGAAGAUGGCGACAUCAAUCUCAGUCUUCGUCCAGCGCCCGGAUGAUAACGAAUUCGAGUUCCAUGUGAGGCGCAUGUUGCUCUUGUGCAAUAAGAACCUCUUCAAGACGGCUAGGAAACUACAACUCUACGAAUAUGUGCGUAGUAUGGCGUUCUCUCGGCGACUGUGGUACCCUGAAGGCUUGAAGCUCUUACAUGGCAAAGGAUCUAAGAAGACUGGAGACGAUGUCAUCCGGGUCCGUCUAGGAGAUAAGUCCGUUGCCGAUAUUUGCGAAGCCCUCAUCGGUGCCGCUUUUAUGGAGCACAACGAACUCGGUACAUUUGAGCCGGCGAGAUGGGACCAAGCUGUCAAGGCGGUCAAGGUCAUGGUUGACAACGACGACCACAAGAUGGAAAAAUGGGCGGAUUACUACAAAGCCUACUCGAUGCCGAAGUACCAGUACGUCGAAGCCACAGCAUCCCAACUUGAUCUGGCUGCGCAAGUUGAGGAGAAGCACCCAUACCAUUUCAAGUGGCCCCGACUGCUCCGCUCCGCAUUCGUCCACCCCUCCCAGACCUAUAUGUGGGAGAAGAUUCCUCACUACCAGCGUCUCGAAUUCCUCGGUGACUCUCUCCUGGACAUGGUCUUCGUGGCCCAUCUCUUCUACCGCUAUCCCACCAAAGACCCUCAAUGGCUCACCGAGCACAAGAUGCCUAUGGUGUCGAACAAAUUCCUCGGUGCCCUUUGCGUCAAGCUCGACUUCCACGUCCACCUUCGCCACAACAACCAGGCCCUGCAGCACCAGAUUCGCGAGUACGUCACCGAGGUGAAAGAAGCGGAAUGCGAGGCCAAGGGCUCGCCAGACUACUGGACCACAGUCAGCGAACCCCCGAAAUGCCUGGCUGAUAUCAUCGAAGCGUUCGUCGGCGCUCUCUUCGUCGACUCUGAGUUCGAUUUCAAUACCGUCCAGCAGUUCUUCGAUUUGCAUGUCAAGUCCUACUUCGAAGACAUGAGCAUCUACGAUACGUUUGCGAACAACCACCCUACGACCAAGUUGACGAAGUUGCUCCAGGUCGGCUUAGGCUGCCAGGAUUGGCGCAUUGCGACGCGCAUGUGCGACUCUGUGAUCCCGGGCGCCCGCCCGACGGUGGUUGCGAUGGUCUUGGUGCACAUGAAGGUCAUCGCAGACGGCACGGCGGUGAGUGGACGGUAUGCACGCAUCAAAGCGAGCAAUAACGGGUUGGACCUGCUCGAGGGGCUGCCGCAGUUUGAGUUCAGACAGCGGUUUGGAUGUGAUUGCCAGGAGGUUGAGGAGGGUUCUAAGGAGGUUGGUAAGACAGAGGAGGAGCUGCAGGCGGAGGCGGAGAAAAUUGGAUGUGCAAUCUGAGGCGAUUCACUGAAGCUGUAGGGCUCAUAUGCUUGCACUCUGAAGGUAGGGCCUGAUUUCUUGGAGCGAGGCGGAAAGCGCAGAGGGACUAAAAGUGCCUAUAAUCCUGGAUAUUCGGGUAUUCGGCGAACGGCUUAACGAAGAGGCAAGGAGCCUGCUCUCUAAAUUAUGACUUUCGGCGAUGACAAGGGGGUAUCUAGCUUGGUAUCUUUUUGUUCUAGACUCUCUUUCA